CCACAAACAUGGCCUUCUAACUCGCUUUCCCUCUCCUCCUCAUCCCAACGCCGCUCCAAUGGCUCUCCCUCAGCUCAUCCCCUCCUCUUCCUCCUCCUCCCUCCCCCAUAAACCCACCUUCAACCCCAAUCCCCUCCCCUCCCGCUUAAACCCUAACCCUAAUAUCCUCUCCCCCCGCCUCCACCGCCGCCGCCAACGACCCGGAUCCCUCCAAUGCACAGCCUCCUCAUUCUCUGAGCGCCACCCCACCAAUCAGCCCAAAUCAGGGGACGUCGUCGAGCUCCCCAUUUUCCCCUUGCCCCUCGUCCUCUUCCCGGGCGCCAUCCUCCCCCUCCAGAUAUUCGAGUUCCGCUACCGCAUGAUGAUGCACUCCCUCCUCCAGUCUGAUCUCCGCUUCGGCGUAAUUUACAGCGACACCGUCUCCGGUACCGCCGACGUCGGCUGCGUCGGCGAGGUCGUCAAGCACGAGCGCCUUGUCGACGACCGGUUCUUCCUCAUCUGCAAGGGCCAGGAGCGGUUUCGCAUCACCGACCUCGUCCGCACCAAACCCUACCUGGUGGCGGAGGUCAAGUGGCUUGAAGACCGGCCGUCGAGCGACGGCGAGGACGACCUGGAAGCGUUGGCGAACGAGGUCGAGUCGCAUAUGAAGGAUGUGAUUCGGUUGUCGAAUCGGUUGGGCGGGAAGCCGGAGAAGGAUGUGCAGGACCUGCGGCGGAACCUAUUUCCGACGCUAUUUUCGUUUUUUGUUGGGAGCACGUUUGAAGGGGCGCCGAGAGAGCAGCAGGCGUUGCUGGAAUUGGAGGACACGGCGGCGCGGUUGAAGAGAGAGAAGGAGACGCUGAGGAACACACUUAAUUACUUGACGGCAGCCUCCGCCGUCAAAGACGUCUUCCCGUCGGUGUGAAAAUUGAACGGAAAUUGGGAUUGAGGUAUCGGAAUUGCACCCAAAGUAUACCACUGUUGCAUUUUCCCAUUUUGUAGAUUUUUUAGAUAUAUUCUUAAUUUAGAAGUUCAAUUUGCAAAUACGUCAUAACUUUAUAUGGGA